AUGUCUGGCUUCACUUUUGGUACUCCAACGACACAGGCGGCUACAAAACCAUCUGGAAUCACCUUCGGUUCAUUUGGGACCCCACAAAGUUCUGGUAACACCACAACACCUUUUUCCUUUGGCUCACCGGCUACGGCAUUUGCCUCCACUACCACUGCUAGCUUCUCUUUUGGUAGUUCUCUCACCGCAGCAUCUACAACAAUUGCCACUUCAACGGCCUCCCAGCCAUCACUCGGGUUGUCUGGUUUUGGAGGCAAACCCGCUACACCUUCUACAUCCCUCUUCGGUCUGGGAACGCCUUUAACGACAGCCACCGCCGUACCAACCUUUGGGACCCCGGCGACCACAACAACAACAACCCCCUCUUUUGGAUUUCUAGCGCCAACAUCAUCAACGAAUGCAAGCGUAACAGCUCCCUCAUUUGGGUUUGGUUUAACCUCCAAACCAUCCACUACGGCUGCUGCCGCCCCCUCUGCUGGAUUGUCCUUUGGCUCUUCAACUGUCACUAGCACUUCUGUGACGAGCAGCCUUGCUUUUGGUUUGAAAUCAACUCCCGCCACUUCUACUGUAGCAUCAACUGCAGCUUCGUCGCCGUUCACAUUACCGGUAACGCAACCAGCCUCAGGGGGACUUACCUUCGGUGCAUCAGCUACUCCAAUCACCGUUGCUACUGUUGUGGCCACGUCCACAAGCGGUUUGAGUUUUGGCGGUUUUGUGUCGGCCAAGUCUGGGACUACCACUACUCCAGCCACUACCGCCACCACCACGUCGAGUGGCUUUUCGCUCGGUAGUUUGAUAAAGCCCUCUGGUAGUACCGCUCCCGCUGCUACUGCUACCACCGCUACUACUUCUUCCGCUCCCACGGUUACAACGGCUGCCACCGUUACUACUACUGCUGCGGCCACUAUUACCACCACAACAGCUGUCAGCAGUGCUGCCUUGCCGUCUACUGCCGCUUCGUUGACCUACCGUCACUUGGAGGAUAUGGUCAAUAAGUGGACUUAUGAGUUGGAGGAGCAGAGUCGUAAUUUCUCCGCGGAGCUGAAUCGAUUGAACAAGGCGGAUGGGGUGUUGAUUGCGAACGCGGAGAAGAUUUCCGACCUGCAUGCGAAGGUGGAGGCUUGCAAGGCGGGGCAAAGUCGCAUUGAGCAGGAGCUGGAGUUCGUGGAAUCACAACAGCGGACCCUAGAGGACCUUUUAGAACCGUUGGAACAAGCAGCAGCCGAUCUCCCACCCAGCCAACAGCAUGCGGACGUGGAGCGCGAGGCCAUCUUCCAGAUGUGCAUCAACACCGAUCUGGAAUUGGGCCAGCUGCUGGGCGAGUUGCGCGAGAUGGCGGCACGCGUAAACGCGGUCACGGCUGAUCUGGAGUCGACGACGAUGAUGCCGACUUCUGCUAUUGCGGCGGCAGAUGGGGGGACGGGAGCCACCGUGGGCGUUGGAAGUGAUGGGGAUGGGCUGACAGGAGUCAAAGACAAGACAACCAAUGUGAUUGGCCAGGCCAAUACGGAAUCCGGUUCAACUGUCGUGCAAGGCAUACCAGGUCGAGUCGCGCUGCAUCCAGUUAGGCGUGUCUACUGUCGUCAGAAUGCUGUCCGAGCGGUACGCUUCAACGCCGACGGUCAGUACUGCCUUACAGCUGGAGGCAAUCGAAGUAUUCGACUUUGGAACCCGGUGGCAGGUCGAUUGUUGAAGACCUACAUCGGUCAUGGAGGCGAAGUCUCGGAUGUUCAGGCCUCUAGUGACAACAGCCAGUUGGGCUCGGGCGGAACAGACAAUCUAGUGGUUCUGUGGGACGUUGCCACAGGCCAGACUCUACGUCGAUGGCGCAAACAUAUGGGCCGUGUCAACGCCGUUCGAUUCGCUGGCCCCUCCGCGGCCGAGGGUGAAUUGACGCCCUCUUCCAGCCUCCUCCUUCUCUCUGUCGGUGUAGAUGGCAUGCUUCUCGCCUGGGACGCGCGUGCUCGCACACAAUAUCCCAUUCAGACUAUGCACGAAGCGAAGGAUAGCGUCAAUUGUCUUGCUGUUCGUCGUUGGCAAAUCAUCACUGGUUCAGUUGACCGGUGUGUUCGUGUUUACGACAUUCGGAAAGGAAUAAUGAUCGAGGAUUACAUCGGCUAUCCUGUUACCUCAGUGGGUUUGUCCUUUGACGGUCAAUGUCUUCUAGUAGCAUCGCAGGACUCCGUGGUUAGACUCUUUGACUAUGCCAACGGUGAAUUGCUCAACAGAUAUACCGGUCACGUGAACAAGGACUUCAGGAUUGAUUGCUGUUUCCUGAACGAGGAUGCGCAGAUAGCCAGCGGAUCGGAGGAGGAUUGUCAUGUAAUGUUAUGGAAUGUGUUGGAGGACGGAGCUGCUUCUUUACAUCUGGACCAUUCAACCGAGGCCGCCUCACCUGCGUGGUCUUCAAGCAUCGGAGAGACCACGCAGGAGGCAAAGGCGGCAGCCCCCGUACCCUUUAUCCAUUCACUCUCACCUCACCCUACUAAAAACGCCCUUCUCACUGCUGGUGGCGACUUCUUUUGGUUCUGGAAUGAUGCUGCCGAUGAGAGUACGGCGUAA